AUACAAAGUAGGCAUUGUGCCGUCAGAAAAAAAAAAAUCAAAAAGAUGCCACCCAAAAAAUCGUCCAACAAGCCGAAAAAAACUCGCAAAAAGUCCAGGAAAGGCCGUAGGAAAAAGGUCGACAAAAAUCUCCAGUUCUGCGACGACAAGCAUUUCGAUCCCAAAUUGGCCGUCGUCACGGUGGAACACUGCCUGCGGUGUCCCAUCUACCGGGAGAUGGCGGAGAAGAUCUUCGCGGAUAUUUCCGACACCUUUCCCGAUCACAAGUUCAAGCUCAUCCGGAACGGCUUCGAUCGCUUGGAAGCCCGGGAGGGAUCCUUUGAAUUGUCCCUGGCGAAAAACUGCCGAUCCCCGGCUCAACUGCUCUGGAGUGGCAUCGAACGGGGACCUCCACGGCGAGAGAAAUUUCCCCUGGACCUAACCUCAAUUAUCGAACGCGUGGAUAAGGAACUCAACUCGGAACAAAAUAUACUAGCAUUCCUUACAAAAUAG